AUGGUCGCCCCACAGCCGUGGCUACCUCUGCUGCUGCUGCUGCUGCCGCCGCUGCUGUUGGCAUCUGCCGUCGCGCCGACAUCGUCCACCUCGUAUCGUGGCUUCUUGGUUUCACGACGCCUGCAUUUUUCUCGUGUGAAUGGCAGGCGCGCGCUGUACCGGGUGACGUUCACGGACCAACAGCUGCCACUGCUGGACCACCUGAGAAAGAGCACAUCCAUUAGGGUCUGGAAUGCGCCAGGACAGCCGACGUACGUGGUGAUGGUUCCGCCACAGCUGCACCGCUACUUCCGCGAGAAACUCCGGCGCCAAGGCGUGGCUCACCAGCUACUCGUCUCAGACGUGGAACAGCUGAUACGGCAGUACCUGCUGGAUCUGGCGGCGAGCUUCCCCAUCAGGGUGAGAGUGGAGACCAUCGGACAGAGCUCUGAGGGUCGACUCCUGGACGUGAUACAGAUAUCGUCCGGCGGCGAUGGUGCGCGACCAGUGAUCCUGAUGGACGCCGGCAUCCACGCCAGGGAGUGGAUCGCGCCCGCCGCCGCCCUCUACGCCAUCAACCAGCUGGUCGAGAACGGAGUACACAGCUCUCUCGUUGACAGCAUCGACUGGCACAUUCUACCCCUUCUCAACCCUGAUGGAUACGAGUAUACCUUCACAACGGAUCGCAUGUGGAGGAAGACUCGCUCUUUUGGUCCUUUUUUGUGCAGAGGAGUGGAUGCCAACAGGAAUUUCGACUUUCACUGGAACGAGAUUGGCACCAGUGAAUCCUCCUGUGGCGAAGCCUACGCCGGAGAGGGACCUUUCUCUGAACCCGAGACAAGAGCACUGAGGGACUACAUACUCAAGAACGCUGAUCGCAUAAAGCUUUACCUUACGUUGCACAGCUACGGAGGAUACAUAUUGUACCCUUGGGGAUACACCACUGAGCUGCCCGAGGACUGGGAAAUACUGCACGCACUGGCAGAAGAGGCCAACGCCGCACAGGUCGCAGCGGGAGGCCAGAACUUUACUAUCGGCAGUUCCAGAAAUGCCAUGUAUCCGGUGUCUGGUAACAGCGACGACUGGGUGAAGGCCGUCGCUGGAGUGCCUCUGUCAUAUACCAUCGAACUCCCUGGUGGAGGAAGCCAGGGUUUCGACCUUCCAGAGUCUGAGAUCAUCAGCAUAGUGAAGCCAUUUUUUGAAUCCGUCAGACUGCCAGGGAAAAAUGGACGAGAGAAAUCUGCUCAGAAAUUGAAACACCUGGGAAAGAGGCCAAGUACGAAAAGAUGUAUCGCGUAA